AUGCCUGUGGCUUUCCUGGGCGCCACCUCCCCAGGGUGCCUCCAUGGAGAGCGGCUGAUGGAAGUUCAGGGGAGGGGUGGGACGGCCCAUGUCCACCUCUGCCCACAGAGCCAGCAGCCGCCCCCACCUAGCCAACACCUCCCCAAGCCCAAGGGGGACGCGGCCCUGAAGAUGCGGGCAUCGGUGCGCAUGACCCGCUACCUCGAGUCCUGGGGCGCCGCGCGGCCCUUUGCGCACCUCAACCACCGUGAGAGUGUGAGCAGUGGCGAGACACCUGUCCCCAAUGGCCGGAGGCCCAAGGCCAUUCCCCUGCGGCGCCACCGGACCCCGGACAGGAGUGCAUCCCCCAAGGGGCGGUCGGAGGAUGACUCGUAUGAUGACGAGAUGCUGUCAGCCAUCGAGGGGCUCAGCUCCACGAGGCCCUGCUGCUCCAAGUCCGACGACUUCUACACCUUCGGGUCCAUCUUCCUGGAGAAGGGUUUUGAGCGAGAGUACCGCCUGGCGCCCGUCCCGCGAGCCCGCUACGACUUUGCCUGUGCCAGCCUCAUCUUCAUCUGCAUCCUGCUCGUGCACGUCCUCCUGAUGCCCAGGACGGCGGCUCUGGGUGUGUCCUUUGGGCUGGUGGCCUGUGUGCUGGGGCUGGUGCUCGGCCUGUGCUUUGCCACUGAGUUCCUGAGGUGCUGCUCCACCUGGGGGAUGCUGCGGACCAUCUCCGAGAGGGUGGAGAUGCAGCCCCUGCUGAGACUGUCCCUGGCGGUCCUGACCAUUGGCAGCCUGCUCACUGUGGCUGUUGUCAACCUGCCACUGACGUGUUUCCCAGCCCUUGGACUGCCUGGUGACAACGAGACAAGCCUGGUGGCUGGGAGCAGCACAGAGAGGACCCUGUGUGAGCUCCUUCCGUAUUACACCUGCAGCUGCGUCCUGGGCUUUAUCGCCUGCUCCGUCUUCCUGCGGAUGAGCUUGGAGCUGAAGGUUGUGCUGUUGACCGUGGCGCUGGUGGCGUACCUGGUGCUCUUCAACUUCUCCCCGUGCUGGCAAUGGGACUGUUGUGGCCUCGGCCUGGGGAACCUCACCGAGACCAAUGGCACUCUCAGCAGUGCCCCCAGCUGUUCCUGGAGUGACCUGAGAACCAUGAUCUAUUUCUAUCUGGUCCUGUUUUAUGUCACCCUCCUCAUGCUCUCCAGACAGAUUGACUAUUACUGCCGCCUGGAUUGUUUGUGGAAAAAGAAGUUCAAGAAGGAGCAUGAGGAGUUUGAAACUAUGGAGAAUGUGAACCGCCUCCUUCUGGAGAACGUCCUGCCAGCCCAUGUGGCUGCCCACUUCAUUGGUGACAAGUUAAAUGAGGACUGGUACCAUCAGUCCUACGACUGUGUCUGUGUCAUGUUUGCAUCCGUGCCGGAUUUCAAAGUGUUCUACACAGAGUGUGAUGUCAACAAAGAAGGGCUCGAGUGCCUGCGCCUGCUGAACGAGAUCAUCGCUGACUUUGACGAGCUUCUGCUAAAGCCCAAGUUCAGUGGAGUGGAAAAGAUCAAGACCAUCGGCAGCACAUACAUGGCAGCUGCAGGGCUCAGUGUCACCCCAGGGCACGAGAACCAGGACCUGGAGCGGCAGCACGCCCACAUCGGUGUCAUGGUGGAGUUCAGUAUCGCCCUGAUGAGCAAGCUGGACGGCAUCAACAGGCACUCCUUCAACUCCUUCCGCCUCCGAGUCGGUGAGGGCCUGGGCAGGAUGGCCAGGCCUAGGAUCUAUGGGGAGGGACGUGCAGACCGUGCCUCCAGACAAGCCACGCUCGGUCUGUGUGGUGAAGCCAUCUGCAUGAAAAGUUUUAGAAAGCCCUCUCUGAUCCCACAAGCCCAGUGGUUGGAUAAUUAUUCUCACCUCCUUCCAUACCACUUACAUAGUUAUUUUGAAAGUUUUAAGCAAGAAAGAAUAUAUCACUACAGAAGAUGGAGAACCAAAACCACCAUCUAUACAUAGGUGACCUUAAAACACAGAGAACAAAGCAAAGUUAUUAAACUUAACUCGUCAAAGGGUCGGUGCUCAAAGCCUAUUUUGUUAAAAGGGAUAUUAGCAGAUAGUAGAAAAGUGUUAACAUCAAAUCCAGCCUUCUUGAGUAUUGGAAAGUCUGAAGAACUGGCCAGGGAACGC